AUGUCCAUUCGUCAGUGUCGUUGCGUACUUACGCUUCCUUCUCCUACAAUUUAUACUUCUCGAUCACCGGUUAUACCUAAACCGGAAACCUGGGAGGGUUUGCUGCUGAAUCAAGAUCAACAUUCUGACGAAUUGUCGUCGUCUAACCCGGUUAAGCUCGGCCGGAAAUGGAUGGAGUACCAGGGGCUUCAGAAUUGGGAAGGUCUUCUAGACCCAUUGGACGAAAAUCUCCGGCGAGAGAUUCUCCGGUACGGCCAGUUCGUCGAAUCGGCUUACCAGUCCUUCGAUUUCGAUCCUUCGUCUCCAACCUACGCGACGUGCCGGUUUCCGAGGAGCACGUUGUUAGACCGAUCCGGUUUACCUAAUUCCGGUUAUCGACUAACCAAGAACCUCCGUGCCACAUCAGGUAUUAACUUACCACGUUGGAUUGAGAAAGCGCCUAACUGGAUGGCUACACAGUCCAGCUGGAUUGGUUACGUGGCAGUAUGUCAAGACAAGGAGGAGAUCUCGCGGCUCGGGCGUAGAGACGUAGUCAUCUCCUUUCGCGGAACCGCCACGUGUCUCGAGUGGUUGGAGAACCUUCGCGCCACGCUGACUCAUCUCCCUGAUGGGCCUACUGGACCGAAUUUAAACGGGUCUAACUCUGGGCCCAUGGUCGAGAGCGGGUUUCUAAGCUUGUACACUUCCGGGGCCCACAGUUUGAGAGGCAUGGUAAGAGAAGAGAUCUCGAGGCUGCUCCAAUCUUACGGCGACGAGCCGUUGAGCUUAACGAUCACGGGACACAGUCUCGGAGCCGCGAUCGCGACGUUAGCCGCGUACGAUAUCAAAACGACUUUCAAACGCGCGCCGAUGGUAACCGUUAUAUCAUUCGGAGGUCCACGUGUGGGAAACAGAUGCUUUCGUAAACUCCUUGAGAAGCAAGGCACCAAGGUCCUGAGGAUCGUUAACUCCGAUGACGUCAUCACCAAAGUUCCAGGCGUCGUUUUAGAUAACAGAGAGCAAGAUAACGUGAAGAUGACGACGUCAAUGCCGAGCUGGAUACAAAAACGCGUGGAGGAGACGCAGACGCCGUGGGUUUAUGCGGAGGUCGGGAAAGAGCUACGGCUGAGCAGCCGUGACUCGCCGUACGUGAACAGUAUCAACGUUGCGACGUGUCACGAACUGAAGACGUACCUACAUUUGGUUGGAGGUUUCGUGAGCUCCACGUGUCCGUUCAGAGAGACGGCUCGAAGAGUCCUCCGAAAACAAAAAAUGUGUAGAGAAACAUUAAACCGAGAAAGUAAAUCAAGAAACCGUACCGGUUUGAUUUCGGUUAUAUAA